GCUACUACAACACCAAAGACGGAUCCACCUAACUGGCUGACGCUACACCUUGGUCUUUCCGGGUCCUUGCACACUUGGGCCCAACUCCUGCAGAGCAAAGGUCGAGGGGGAUCCGGAAGAAACCCUCUGAACAGUAGAGUUGGAGUUUCACCAUGCUGGCCAGGAUGGUCUUGAUCUGCUGACCUGAGGAUCCCCUGCUUUGCCCUCCCAAAGUGCUUGGAUUACAGGCAUGAGCCACCAUGCCUGGCUAGGACUUGGUCUUAAUUGAAGACAAAGGAGGUCCUAAAGGGGCUUUUUGUCCUAGUGGUCAGCUGGAACAUGGGAGGAACGUUAAAAGUUCCUUAAUCUUUUGUGGUGACACUGUGAGUCACAGCAUUUCCUUUUAAAUGGAAGUGAGAGGCCGUGCGCUGUGGCUCACGCCUAUAAUCCCAGCACUUUGGGAGGCCGAGGCAGAUGGAUCACGAGGUCAAGAGAUCGAGACCAUCCUGGUCAACAUGGUGAAACCCGUCUCUACUAAAAAUAGAAAAAUUAGCUGGGCCUGGUGGCGCGUGCUUGUAGUCCCAGCUACUCGGGAGGCUGAGGCGGGAGAAUUGCCUGAACCCAGGAGGCGGAGGUCGCGGUGAGGUGAGAUCGCGCCAUUGCACUCCAGUCUGGGUAACAACAGCGAUACUCUGUCUCAAAAUAAAUAAAUAAUAUAAAAAAUAAAUGGCAGUGAGAAAACAUCCGGGAAGGGGGCACCCGGAUUUGAACCGGAGACCUCUUGAUCUGCAGUCAAAGGCCUCACCUGGAUUUGAACCAGGGACCUUCUGAUCCACAGUCAAAUGCUCUUCCACUGAGCUAUACCCCCUUCACCUAUCAGGAGCUCCUUUCUGGGCUACUUAUGGUGACUCAAUAGAUCAAGUUCCACUCACUAGAGUUCUGACACGCUGUGUGUUCUAAAGCCCCACCUUCUUAAUUAUCUAUCAUCUGCUUUGGCUUUUCCCUUGGACACUAAUAAACUGAGAGGAAAUACUUGAAAAAUGACAUCCUGGGCUGGACAUGGUGGCUCACGCCUGUAAUCCCAGCACUUUGGGAGGCCGAGGUGAGAUCAGGAGUUCGAGACCAGCCUGUCCCAAUGUGGUGAAACACCAUCUCCCCUAAAACUACAAAAAAAUUAGCUGGGUGUGCUGGCAUGUAUGGAAGUUGAGGUAAGAGAAUCGCUUGAACCCCAGAGGUGGAGGUUGCAGUGAGCCAAGAUUGUACCAGUGCACUCCAGCCUGGCGACAGAGCAAGACUCUGUCUCAAAGAAGAAAGAGGAAAGUUAACAAUCCAGGUAGCUGCUAGUGUUGUCCAGAAGCUUAGCUUUGAUCAUUUCCAUUGGCUCCGAGGUUCUCAUGGCCAAGGGCAGUAGCACUUUGUCACUAACAGCAACUUUAUCUUUCACUAAAAAAGACUCACUGGCUCAAAGAUUAAGCAAGUUGAUCCAGCCUUAUAACACAAGCCAAGCUUCCUUUUUUUUUUUUUUUUUUUUUUUUGUUGAGACGGAGUUUCGCUCUUGUUACCUAGGCCGGAAUGCAAUGAUGCAAUCUCGGCUCACCGCUACCUCCGCCUCCUGGGUUCAGGCAAUUCUCCUGCCUCAGCCUCCCGAGUAGCUGGGAUUACAGGCACACGCCACCCUGCCCAGCUAAAUUUUUUUGUAUUUUUAGUAGAGAUGGGGUUUCACCAUUUUGGCCAGAAUGGUCUUGAACUCCUGGACUCAAGCAAUCUGCUGCCUUGGACUCCCAAAGUGCUGGGAUUACAGUUAUAGGCGUGAGCCACUGCUCCUCGACAGCUUCUAAUUAUUUUUUGUUUGUUUGUUUGUUUGUUUUUAAUUUAAAUCAGUUUUAUUUAAGAAUUUCCAACAUUGACAACUCUUAUAAAAAGCAUUCAAGCACAGGACACAGAACUGCAGCACACAGCAUUCUUAUGGGUAGCUAACAGACAUUAGAACUUCCACCCUUCUUGAGACACCUGAGCUCACUGGUGAACUCUACUUCCAAGUACUCUUGCAAAGCACACCACAAGCUCAGUCCAUGUUCUCUAUCCAUCAGCUUCAGUUCACAUUACCACACUUACAUAUCAGUAACAGAAGAGAACGCACACCAUACAGCAUUCACAGCAGUUGACAAAGGGUAGGGGGAGUACAAGUAUCGUUUCACUUAACACAUUCACUAAUGUGGGUUAUCUAAGAACAAAAACUCACUUAAGUCUUCCAACAUGUGGACGUCCUUUGAAUGCAAAAAACAUUCAUACAGUAUUUGCUAUCAUUGCUCUCUGCACACUCUCACCAAAGCACAGGAUUGAGAGACACAUCUCGCCAAGUUAAAAAAUAUCCAUUAUGCACCACCAAGUCUCUGCACGCGCUCUCUCCUUUUCUCGCUCAUACUAGCCUUUCAUGCCUCGGCACCACCAUCAAUCCCACACGAGGUUUCAAAAGUUCAAACGGCCUUCUGGUUCCAUAUCACAGCCUUGCGUUCAUAGCAUUGAUACGACUCCAUGAAAUAAAGAGUAGCGGAUAUAAAUGGGACACCCACCGUCAAAGACGUGGCCUGUAAUGCGUGAUGACGAAUUCUUGAAUGAGAAAGCAAGUAGACAGAAGUACUCCUAUGGCAGAAUGUUUAAAGCACUACUUUCUUUCUUUUUCGAGACGGAGUUUCACUCUUGUUACCCAGGCUGGAGUGCAAUGGCGCGAUCUCGGCUCACCGCAACCUCUGCCUCCUGGAUUGAGGCAAUUCUCCUGCCUCAGCCUCCUGAGUAGCUGGGAUUACAGGCACGUGCCACCAUGCCCAGCUAAUUUUUUGUAUCUUAUUAGAGAUGGGGUUUCACCAUGUUGACCUGGAUGGUCUCCAUCUCUUGACCUCGUGAGCCACCCACCUCGGCCUCCCAAAGUGCUGGGAUUCCAGGCUUGAGCCGCCGCGCCCAGCCCCUUCCGAUGGUAUUUCAGUGGAUUCAUCGUUCUCCUCUUUGGUUACCCGAAUAUAUUCAGACAUCUUUUACUUUUAUGCUAGGCCGCUGCUGGGAAGCCCGAUAGGGACAGCGAGGCAGCGAGAGACCCAAGCGCAGCCCAGCGAUCGCUUCGCUCCCACAAAAUACGCUUCUAAUUGUUAAAAAAAAAUUUGAUUAGGGCCGGGCGCAGUGGCUAAUGCCUAUAACCCCAGCACUUUGGGAGGCGAGGCGGGUGGAUCACGAGGUCAAGAGAUCGAGACCAUUCUGGUCAACAAGGUGAAACCCUGUCUCUACUAAAAAAUACAAAAAUUAGCUGGGCAUGGUGGUGCAUGCCUGUAGUCCCAGCUACUCGGGAGGCUGAGGCAGGAGGACUGCUUGAACCCAGAAAGCGGAGGUGCGGUGAGCCAAGAUGGUGCCAUUGCACUCCAGUCUGGGUAACAACAGCGAAACUCCAUCUCAAAAGAAAAAAAUUUUUUUUUUUGAUUGAAUGCUAAUUUGGAAGCUAUAUUUGCAUGUUCUACUUCAGACCUACCAUCAUUAGGGAGAGAAUGGAACCUACAAUCGUAAUCUGUAAUUCUUAUCAUGAAUAGGAUGUUUUAGUUACUGUGCAAAAUCUGAGCACUUCUAAGUCCUCUCUUUUUGUUGUAUUUUAAUUUUUCUAUUUUCAGUAGAGAUGGGGUUUCACCAUGUUGGCCAGGUUGGUCUUGAAUGCCUGACCUCUAGUGAUCUGCCCACCCUGGCCUUCCAAAGCGCUGAGAUUACAGGCGUGAGCCACUGCACCUGGCCAGUAUUUGUGGGCAUUUUUGAUAACCAGUCUGUGCCAUUGAUUGUCAUCUCUAGAAGGCUAUAAGCAGACAAUGGGCUAGUCAGCAAGGGGUCUAUCACAGCUCAGUGCUGCUGUCACAAUCACCUGCUCAUUCACUACCUUCCAUUGUCAGCUGGGGAGUAGGGCAAAAUGGAAAACUCUUCAAGGCCACGCACAGUGGCUUAAACCUGUAAUCCCAGUGCUUUGGGAGGCCAAAGUGAGUUCUAGACCAACCUAAGCAACAUGGCAAAACCCCAUGUGUACCUAAACAGAAACCCCCAAACCGCAAAAGCCGGGUGAGGUACUACACACCUGUAAUCCCAGCUACUCAGGAGGCUGAGGUGGGAGGAUUGUUUGAGCCUGGGAGUUAAAGGCUGCCGCUGCAGUGAGCCAAGAUCACAGCCGCUGUACACUAGCCUGGGCGACAGAGUGAGACCUUGUCUACAAGAAAGAAAAAUACUUGGACACGGUGAUAUAUUAAUCUUUAUGACACCAUUGGUAACAAGCAAACUGGCCGAAAUGCUUUAUCAACUUCUUGGCCAAGUUUAACCCCUUUUCAAGCAACCUAGAGCACAUUUUAGGUGCAGUGACUGUUAACCAAGAACAAGCUUCUGCUCUUUCCCCACCGCCACCGAGUCGUGGAGGCAGAGGGUCAGGUUUGUUCAAGAAUCAGCUUCACCCGUAACCUGCUGCCAUGGCCCAGGAAAGCAUGACUGCUGGAGGUGUCAAGGACCUUAAUACUGCUUUACAAGAGGUCCUGAAGGCCCACCUUCAUCCACGAUAGCUUGGCACGUGGAAUUCAAGAAGCUGUCAAAUCUUAGAAAAGCACUGGGCCCAUCCUUGUGUGCUGCCCCCAACUGCGAUGAGCCUGCCUAUGUGGCUGGUGAAGGCCCUUGGUGCUGAACACCAGAUCACCCUAAUUAAAGUUGAUGACAAGAAACUAUGGGAAGGGAUGGGCCACAGUAAAACUGACAGAGGGAAAACCCUGUAAAGUGGUUGUAAUUGUGUAGCGGUGAAGGACCACGGCAAAGGAUGUCAUCAAAGAGUUUGUGCCUUUCUUUGAGACAGUCUGGUUCUGUCACCAGGUGCCAGGCUGGAGUACAGUGGCACGAUCUUGGCUCACUGCAAGCUCCACCUCCCAGGUUCAAGCAAUUCUCCUGCCUCAGCCUCCUGAGUAGUUGGAACUACAGGUGGGCGCCAGCACGCUUAGCUAAUUUUUGUAUUUUAGUAGAAAUGGGAUUUCACUAUCUUGGCCAGAUGGUCUCGAUCUCUUCACCUCGUGGUCUGCCUGCCUUGGCCUCCCAAAGUGCUGGAAUUACAGGCAUGAGCCAUUGUGCCUGGAGUCUCUGUCACCCAGGCUUGAGUACAGUGGCAUGAUCUCAUCUCACUGCAGCCUCCGCCUCCUGGGUUCAAGCAGUUCUCCUGCCACAGCCUCCCAAGUAGCUGGGAUUACAGUGCACCAACCACACCCGGUGAAUUUUUGUAUUUUUAGUAGAGAUGGGGUUUCACCAUGUUGACCAUGAUGGUCUGGAUCUCUUGACCUUGUGAUCCGCUCGCCUCAGCCUCCCAAAGUGCUGGGAUUACAGGCGUGAGCCACGGUGCCCGGCGAAACAUUUUUAUAUAUACACCGACAUAUACCUGAUAGCCAAAUUGCAUUCACAGCUCUCAGACUAACAGAUUUAGAAUUUCCUCAGAGAUUUAAUUUUUUUUUUUUUUUUUUGUAUUCUUAGUAGAGUUGGAGUUUCACCAUGCUGGCCAGGAUGGUCUUGAUCUGCUGACCUGAGGAUCCCCUGCUUUGCCCUCCCAAAGUGCUUGGAUUACAGAUUACAAAGUCAAAGCCAAUUUUCCUUGACACUGGGCUUUCUAAAUCUGACAUUCAAGUCACCAUAAUAGAAACCAGAGCUGCUGGUUUCUAACAUUCUGGAAGGUACCUCAACAAAGGCAUACUAAAGACUGUUUAAAACUUCCAGUAUGUAAGAAGAUCUGCCUUUCCUGCCCACACCUUUGGAUAAUAACAGAAGAAUCCCAGUCAUCUGCCGUUGAAUUUGAGAAGGCCAAGUUCAAGGAUUCCAAACUCCAGCCUUCCAUAUUUCUGCAGAGGCUCAGUGAAGUAACCUCCCCUCCUCUCCUGCUGGCUUCCCCAAGUACAGAUGCAGGUCUUCCUGGGACCAGGCACUGGUGAGUCAAACCAUCUCACCGGUCUCAACACUGGGCUUCUCCAAAGGGCUUUUGGUGGAGGAAGGUUUAAUUUCAGUUUUGGCCAAUCUUCCAUCCUUAGAAAAGUGUUUUUGGUUAAGAAAAGGCAGGGAGGGUUAACUAAGUUCUAAGAAUUCAACAAGAAAAGGAAAUAAGUUUCUUUUAUGAAAAGGACUUCCAGGCUCUCUGAGCCAGUAAUUGAACUGAAAUCACUUUCCUGGGUGUCUCCACACGGAAUAUUCGGCACUUUUCCCCUAGCAGCCAGAGGAUGGGAUCUGUGUACACUGAGUGCCACUUAAAAUGUCCUCAUUAGAUGCAGUAAAAAGCUACUCUUGACUCCCGCAGGUCAAACCCACAUGCCUCUGGGCUGCACCCUGCAGAAUUAGCUGUAGGAAUAGCAGUAAACAUCCUGCCCGAUGGCCAUGAGCAGCCCUGGCAUGCCCCGGGAGCCCGCAGCCGCGAUGAGAAGGCAACACUGGGAAUGUCAGCCUUGGAGGCAGCGUAUGGGGAGGGUAUGGUUCUGAGUAGGUGAGCAUUAUGGGGGCUCCAGAUUCUCGUGUAGCAGUCCUAGCCCACUAGGAAAGAGGGAAGACACAUGGCAGGCUAGUGAGAGAAUGCAAAGGAAACUUAUCAUGUCGAUGUGGCUUCUUGGCCGGGUGCGGUGGCUCAAGCCUUUAAUCCCAGCACUUUGGGAAGCCGAGGUGGGUGAAUUACAAGGUCAAGAAAUCGAGACCAUCCAGGUGAACAUGGUGAAACCCCGUCUCUUCUAAAAAUAUAAAAAAUUAGCUGGGCUGGUGGCACGUGCCUGUAGUCCCAGCUACUCAGGAGGCUGAGGCAGGAGAAUUGCUUUAACCCAGGAGGCGGAGGUUACAGUGAGCCGAGAUUGCACCGUUGCUCUCCAGCCUGGGUAACAAAAGCGAAACUUCAUCUCAAGAAAAAAACAAAAAAAGAACAGCAUGAAUCAUGGGAAGGAAGUAGUGCCUCAUGAAGCCCAGAGCUGCUGCAGAUACUCCCACCAGUAUGACAACCGAGUCUGUACUUGCAAGGUAUGUGAUCGAAUGUCCUAACUGUGGCGUGGUCUAUCGUAGUCGGCAGUACUGGUUUGGAAACCAAGAUCCUGUGGAUACGGUGGUGCGGACAGAGAUUGUUCACGUGUGGCCUGGAACCGACGGGUUUCUGAAGGACAAUAACAACGCUGCCCAGCGCCUGUUGGACGGCAUGAACUUCAUGGCUCAGUCGGUGUCCGAGCUUAGCCUUGGACCCACCAAGGCUGUGACUUCCUGGCUGACAGACCAGAUUGCCCCUGCCUACUGGAGGCCCAACUCCCAGAUUCUGAGCUGCAACAAGUGUGCGACGUCCUUUAAAGAUAACGACACGAAGCAUCACUGCCGAGCCUGUGGGGAGGGCUUCUGUGACAGCUCUUCAUCAAAGACCCGGCCAGUGCCUGAGCGGGGCUGGGGCCCUGCCCCGGUGCGGGUGUGCGACAACUGCUAUGAAGCCAGGAAUAUCCAGUUAGGUCUGGUAAAGGAUGCGGCCAGGCCUGCGUACUGGGUGCCUGACCACGAAAUCCUGCACUGCCACAAUUGCCGGAAGGAGUUCAGCAUCAAGCUGUCCAAGCACCACUGCCGGACCUGCGGACAGGGCUUCUGUGACGAGUGCUCCCAUGACCGCCGGGCUGUCCCUUCUCGUGGCUGGGACCAUCCCGUCCGAGUCUGCUUCAAUUGCAAUAAAAAGCCUGGUGACCUUUAACCCCAGGCCCCUGU